CAUCAGCCAUGUCCCCACAACUCAACUACCCACAGGGUAUGUUCAAAGGCCAAACAGCCAUCAUCACUGGAUCUGGUCAAGGAAUCGGAGCAGAAUGCGCGAGACUCUUUGCAAAUGAAGGCGCACUUGUCGUCGUGUCAGACAUUGACAAAGAGAAAUCGCAGGCCGUAGCAGACAAGAUCAACCAGAGCGGCGGCAAGGCCAUCUCCAUCCCAGGUGACAUCAUGAACGAUCAGUACAUCAAGGAGCUAGUGAAGAAGUCGGCAGAGUUUGGCGGCGGCAAGAUUCACUUCAUCGUCAACAAUGCGGGCUUCACCUGGGAUGGCGUGAUUCACAAGACCACUGACAAGCAAUGGGACACAAUCGUCAACCUCCAUGGCACCGCACCAUUCAAGUUGGUCCGAACCGCCGCACCAUACUUCCGGGUCAAAGAUGGCGAGCCACGUUGUAUCGUCAACAUCUCGUCCACCUCUGGUAUACAUGGCAAUGCCGGACAAGCGAAUUACGCCUUUGCAAAGGCAGGGGUAACAGGUCUGAGCAAAGCUAUUGCUAAAGAGUGGGGUCCACAAUUCGGAGUGAGGUGCAACACAGUUGCAUUUGGGCAUAUUCAGACUCGUCUCACAGCCGCGAAAGAGGAGGGUGCCUUUGUGACAACACCUGAUGGCGAAAAGGUUGCUCUGGGCAUACCACAGAAGCAGAAAGAUUCUAGUGCAAGCUAUGCGGAUAUCCCCCUGCGAAGGCCGGGCACGGCUACAGAGGCAGCAAGUGCAGUUAUGGCUGUCUGCAGUCCACUUUUCAGCUACGUCAAUGGACAAACUAUCAGUGUUACUGGAGGCCGGAACAUGUAGAGAUAGAUACACGCACCUAGAUAUGCUAUUCAGUCAUGUGUUUGAUCCAA